CAGCAGCACAGCUCCCUUGGUCCUUCUGCUCUCCUCAACUCCACUUGGAAAACCAAUCAUGUCUCGGCAGUCAACCUGCAGAAGCUUUGGAGGCGGAAGCAAAAGGGGAUUCAGCUCUUGCUCUGCCAUCGGUGGUGGCUUUGGAGGAUGUGGGGGCAGAAACAGGAUCAGCUAUAGCUCAUUCUCCACAUCCAGGGGAUUUGGAGGCAAUGGACGUUGUGCGGGUUUUAGCAGCAGGAGCCUCCAUAACAUGGGUGGCAACGGAAGGAUUUCCAUGGGUGGCUCUUUUGGCGGUGGAUAUGGAUGUAGAAUUGGUGGCUUUGGUGGAGGCUUUGGAGGAGGAUUUGGCGGCAUUGGAGGAGGUAUCAUUGGUGGAGGAAUAGGUGGCUUUGGUGGUCCUGUGAGAGGUGGUCCUGGGUUCCCUGGAGGCAUCCAGCCAGUGCAGGUUGACCCAACCCUUCUGCGGCCGGUCCAUGUUGAUAUUGACCCUCAGAUCCAACAAGUGAAGUGCCAGGAGAAGGAGCAGAUCAAGACUCUUAACAAUCAGUUUGCCUCUUUCAUUGACAAGGUCCGCUUCCUAGAGCAACAGAACAAAGUCCUGGCCACCAAGUGGGAGCUGCUCCAGCAGCAAGGGCCUAUGGGACCAAGGAAGAACCUCGAUGUUAUCUUUGAAAGCUACAUCCAGAACCUGAGGAGGAGGCUGGAGUCUCUCCUGGGACAGAGGGGACAGCUUGAAUCGGAGCUGCAGAACAUGCGGCAAUAUGUGGAGGAGUACAAGACCAAGUAUGAAGAAGAAAUCAACAGGCGUACUGCUGCUGAGAAUGAGUUUGUGGUGCUCAAGAAGGAUGUGGACUGUGCCUACAUGACUAAAGUAGAGUUG